AUGAUCCAGCCCAUAAACAAAAAUCCGUCAUGUCCACCAUCUUCAGCACAAGCUUCUGGUUUCCGAUUCAAUACAUUCUCUCAUCAGUUUAAUCAUGGCAAACGUAUAUUGCAACUAAUCUUUCAUUUUUUUUUAUUUUUUAUAAAUCUUUCAUUGGUUGGUGCAGUAGUAGCAAGAUCAUUUUUACAAGUUGCAGCUAAAGAAGAAGAAGCUGCACCACCAUUAAGAGUUGUUCAGAUUGAAGGACUUGUCAUUCUGAAGAUAAUAAAGCAUUGCAAGGAGUUUUCCCCAGCUUUGGUCACUGGACAACUUCUUGGAUUGGAUGUCGGAAGUAUUCUUGAAGUCACUAACUGUUUUCCAUUUCCGGUUCGUGAAGAAGAUGAGGAGAUCGAGGCUGAGGGCGCUAAUUAUCAGCUUGAAAUGAUGAGAUGCCUAAGGGAGGUUAAUGUUGACAACAACACUGUUGGUUGGUAUCAAUCAACUUUAUUUGGUUCUUUUCAAACUGUGGAAUUGAUAGAGACCUUCAUGAAUUACCAGGAGAAUAUUAAACGCUGUGUUUGCAUUAUUUAUGAUCCUUCAAGAUCCAACCAAGGUGUCUUAGCAUUGAAAGCCUUGAAGCUUUCCGAUUCUUUCAUGGAACUCUACAAGAGUAACAACUUUACUGGAGAGAAGUUGAGGGAAAAGAAUCUUUCAUGGGUUGACAUCUUUGAAGAGAUACCAAUUGAAGUUUCAAACUCGGCUCUCAUAAGUGCCUUUAUGACUGAACUUGAACCUGAUACACCUGUAACUCAGUGUGAUUAUGAGCGCCUGCAAUUGUCAACCAAUCCAUAUUUGGAAAGGAAUGUGGAAUUUCUGAUUGAGUGCAUGGAUGACUUGUCAAUGGAGCAGCAAAAAUUCCAAUUUUACUAUCGGAACCUUUCCCGUCAACAAGCUCAGCAGCAAGCUUGGCUUCAAAAGAGGAGGGCUGAGAACAUGGCACGUAAAACUGCUGGAGAAGAGCUAUUGCCUGAGGAAGAUCCUUCUAAUCCUGCCUUUAAGCCAAUCCCAGAACCCUCACGAUUGGACAGCUUUCUCAUAACUAAUCAAAUAGCAAACUACUGCAACCAGAUUAACGGGUGAGUAACAGUCUAAAGCGAUGAUCUUUGUUCACAUGCAUGUUUGCUAGGAACAGUUCAACUGAGGGAAACACAGCCACUUCUGAGCAUAGUCAAUGAUUCAAUCCUUAGAUAUCCUUAGUCUUUUAUAACUUGGUCAUUAACACUCUAAUUUCAAAAGAGAGUCGAAAUGCUUUUACUACCAUUCUGAGUGAGAUUUUGAGGAAGUUCCC